UAUGUAAAGUGGCCGGAGACAAUUAAAAAAAGUUGCUAGUUUGGCUGCCGACAGGCAUACGGCCAGAUUCCUUGGCCCUCAUUUGGACAGGCAGAUGUCAUAAUCCAAUAGGCAAGCAUACGAACUAUUAGCAUGCAGACGGUGGUCUUUUUUAUCAGAGUUAGAAGUGGGGUGAUUAUACAUGCGGGCAUUAGAACAGCAGACCUUGGAAAUGAGUGGACUGUAGAAGUUUUUUUUUUCUGAUACAUUUUCAGCUCCAAGACUGUCCAUCGAAAACAGAAGAAACUGCACUUCAAGACUAAUGCAAGCCUGCAAAAUCUUUUUGGCUUUACAGAAAGCAGGGAUCGGGCAGCCCUUUCCUUUCUCGACUUUUCAUAGACUUUGGUUUAGGAAACGUAGCCCCUGCCUUGCAAACCUUUCAUAGUUCCUCUGUUUUGAAGUUCCACUCCGAAAUUGCUGUUAACCUCUGGCCUUCACAGUCGGCUUAGGCGGUCUUGAGGUUCUUAUUUUGAUUUGUGUCAUUCUGUACAUAACUGCAUUUAUCUAUUUUUUGUUAAUAAUAUGGGUUUAGGUGGCCCCAACCCCCAGCCGGUUGCGUUGCAAAUCCUGAUAAAACAUCCAGUAAACGUCAUCAGUUAUUGCAAAAGAAGAGAAGAUUUUUCAUGGUCAGCUUCCAAAUGGAAUUUGAGCUGUUGAUCUUUGCAUUUCUAGAAACACCUGUUGAUCUUUACACGCUGCAUGGUGUAUAAAUGAAAUGACAAAAACGGUUUAUGUUUUCCCCGAUCUUCAAGCAAGAGUCAAGAGACCAAAUGGUGGUCAAGGACAGGUUAGCUGCUUCGUGGUCUAAUGCACCUAAAUCUCUGCUGCAAUCCUCCAUAAAUUUUAAUAUACUCCGUACAGAGAAACAGGACGUGCCUAGUAUUAGCAUUACUUUUAAGUUUCAAAGUUUUGAUUGACCCUUCUGUUUCCCAUUUUUUUCUCUCCUGUGUUUCCUUUGGGAGGCCAUCUGUCUCAGUCGGAAAAGAGCGGUGCAGGGAUAGGAUUCACAGCAUACUUUCUUUAUAAUCAGGGGGGAUCAUGGAAUCCGCUUCUGAUCGCAGAGGGGACAAACCAAGCUUCCAUUAUUUCGAAACGGUUGAAGGAACCACGUCACAAAGAAACCGCCUGGUUCAAGUCGACACGCGUUUGAGUACGUGUUAAGUUGCAGCACGGCCAUAGGCUGAACCCCUUACACACUCCCCUACUGGGCGUAACGUGUCGAAUGGCCCGUGCCAUGCAUCCCUCUUAUAUGCAGUUCCCCCAAGAGCCCCCUCUGUCGUCGUGUACCUUCUCCUGGUUCUUCCAGUUUUUCCAUAGUGGUAGUCCCAAAAGCUGAGACCUGCUUGAUCAGAGUCCGUUGAGAACUUCUGCUCUUGGUGUUGGUGACAUAAUAAAGUAGACGAAGAAGAAGAAGAAGAAGCAAGAGAAAAGGAGAUGGCUCGAACAGUUGGUAGGAAUUUGGCGGCACCCCUGCUCUUCCUCAACUUCGCUAUGUAUCUGGUGGUAAUGGGGUUUGCUAGUUGGAACCUCAACAAAUACAUCAAUGGCCAGACUCACUACCCUGGUGUUGCUGGGAACGGUGCGACCAUAUUCUUCCUGAUAUUUGCCAUACUGGCAUCUGUGGUUGGCAUUGCCUCGAAGGUUUUAGGAGGGCACCAUAUAAGGUACUGGAGGAAUGACAGCCUUGCUGCUGCCGCUGCCUCUGCCGUUGUUGCUUGGGCCGUCACUGCCCUUGCCUUUGGAUUGGCAUGCAAGGAGAUUCAUCUAGGACUCAACAGGGGUUGGAGGCUAAGGGUUCUGGAGGCUUUCAUAAUCAUACUGACCUUUACCCAGCUGCUGUAUCUGAUGCUCCUCCAUGCUGGUCUUCUGAGCAGCAAAUAUGGUCCUGGUUACAGAGAUCCUGACUACCCUGCUGGAUCAACUGAACCUGCAGCGCCUAAAGGGGGUGGUCUCACAGGAGGGAGAAUCUAGAUGGCUUCAUGCAGAAAAGAAAUAUGCUGCACUUGUUCCUGAGUUUUAUUUGUAGUGCUCUUUCUCUCUCUCAUCCUCCAUUUUUAUGUAAAGUUUGGAGUGAUGCUGUUUGCACAUGUUGGGACCAUGUUUUAGGUGGUGUAUAGCAUUUGCGGACUCGUAGUCUCGUAGGGUUAUCUUGUUUUAUCUGUUCUUCUUCCAAGUAUGAGCCCUGUACCUGAAGUUUCUUAGUAAGACAUGUUUUGCUUUAGUAUCUACAUGUU